UGUGUGAGGGGUGUUUGUUAGAGGUAAAUGUAGUGAAAUAAAUAAACGCGUGUAGAAACGAGGGUAGAAUAACAAUAAUAACUGACGUGUUUGUGGGGCGUGCCUUAGGCCACACGCGCUCACGGUGAUGUAGCUGAGGGGGUUACUCGGUGUCUCUGAGGUAAAAUGUCGGGGGGUGAGUAAGGUCUGUGGUACACGAGAGCCGCUCGGCGCCUGCAGCACGUUAUCCCCCUCCCUUCCCUCCUCCCCUGCCAGUGUCGGCAGUCACAAAUCCCAGCUCCCCUUUAAUGAGCUGCGAGCAGCUGCGGCGGCUGUGACAAUGCGAGGUCCGGAGCAUCCCUGGUACACGGGGGCCUCACGGGGAUGAGCACCCCACGCGCACUGGCACAGUGAGAAGGGAGGGGGGAGAGGAAUCAGUGGGCAUACAGGGAGGGAGGGCUGCUGCUUCAGUCGGCAGAGAAAGAGCAGUGAGUAUAGGAAAGGCUGAGGUUCCACGGUGGGCAUAUGCAGGGCAGUGGGGAUGUAAACCACUGGUGAUUUCUUCAGUGGGCAGAACUAGGACGAGGGAUGCCUUCAGGUUAUGUAGGCAGUAGGUGAUCCCUUCAGUGGGCAUAUGUAGUGCUUCAGAUGCCUUCAGCUGGCAUAUCAACCACAGGGGAUUCCUUCAGUGGGUACAAUUAGGGCAAGGGAUGCCUUCAGUGGGUAUAAUUCAGAUGGCACAUGCAGUGCCCCAGAUGCCUUUAGUGGACUUGUAAACCACAAGUGAUUCCUUCAAUGGACAUAGAAAACACAGGGAAUCCCUCAGUGGCCAUACCAGAGAGAGUAGUUUUUUUUUAGUUGGCAUAAAGGGUAGGAAGGAGAAAUUCCCAUUAGGAGGCACAGAUAUAAGGUAGCCUGUUAAUGGGCAGAGAUAAAGCCAGGAGUAUAGACAGCUUUAUAAGACAGAUACAUCAGAGAGCGGGCAGAGACAGGGCAAGGACUGGUGUAAAGAGAGGGGUCCGGAGGGACUAGUUAGUAGAACAAAGAGGAAGCUGGGGCAACUGGUGGGCAUAUCAGUGAGGGGUAUAGGUGGGCAUAUCAGUGAGGGGUAUAGGCAUAACUGGUGGGCAUAUCAGUGAGGGGUAUAUCAGUGAGGGGUAUAGGCAUAACUGGUUGGCAUAUCAGUGAGGGGUAUAGGCAUAACUGGUGGGCAGAGCACAAAGGAGGCAGUGAGUAACGUGGGCAGAGAAGAAAGGGUCUGUAGGGGGUUGGGGGUAACUGGGCAGAGUACAGAGGAGUCUGGGGUAACUAAUGGGAAGUGAGAUAGUCAGGUGUCUUUGACUGGCUAUGAUAAGGGAGGGGUCUAUUUACUGUACAGUGGGAAUUAAGGAGUUAACCAGGUAGGAAACAGUGUAUGAGUAGACAGAACAGAGAUGGGGUCUCAGACUGGAUAGACACAAGACGGGGGUCACUGGUGGAUAGAGAUGAGGUGUAGAGCCCCUUCAAUGAGCACUAUUGAUGCUGUCGGUCAGAGGGUUACAAUGUGAAGAUAAAGCAACAUACCCACCUCCCAAUGAUCUGCACCAGUAGGGAGCUGGUACCCCAACGUAUCUAUCAGUGAGCUUCUGUGUGUGAUCCAGGAGGAUGAGAAAGCUUCGGAGACUGGUGCACCUUGUGCUUUUUUGCCCCCUUUCCAAAGGACUCCAGAAUCGCCUUCCGGGCAUCAAGGUGAAAUAUCUUUUUCUCGCCUGGCUGGGCAUUUUUGUGGGCAGUUGGGUCGUGUACAUGCACUAUUCAUCAUACUCUGAACUCUGCAGAGGGCACGUGUGUCGCAUGAUCAUUUGUGAUCAAUACAAGAAAGGAAUAAUCUCUGGCUCGGCCUGUAAAGAUUUGUGUGACGAGCACACAUUGGUCUUCGAGCAGUGUUUGUCUUCUUCGCCCACCCACCAGGUCUACAAGGGAAUAUGGCAGAGCAGAGAUGUAAUCAUCAAAUGUGGUGUGGAGGAAAACUUAAAAGUUGAGAGCAACCCAGAAUCUGUGCCUCGGAGAGAGUUUGUUCUGUUUGAUAAACCGACCAGAGGAACUUCUCUGGAUGAGUUCAAAGAAAUGCUCCUGAACUUCCUGAAAGCCAACUUGGGAGACCAAACUUCCCUGACUUCCUUGGUGAGCCAGAUUCUAGUUAUGGCAGACGUGAACGAGGAUGGAAAAGUGUCUCUGGCUGAAGCUAAAUCUAUCUGGGCUUUGCUCCAACUCAAUGAGUUCCUUCUAAUAUUGUCUUUGAACGAGAAGGAACACACAUCUAAGUUGCUUGGUCAUUGUGGGGACUUGUACGUGACAGAGCAGAUCCCUCAUGAGUCACUCUAUGGCACUCAAAUUCCUGGCUUCCUUCAGCCUUUUCUACCUUCUCAAGUUCACAGAAUUAUUCACCAGUGGUUUGCUCCAGCCUGGCCUAGAAGAGCCAAAAUCGCUAUUGGGUUGUUAGAGUUUGUAGAGGAGAUUUUCCAUGGAACCUAUGGGAGUUUCUUUAUUUGUGAGACAAGCUCCCAAAAUAUUGGAUACAAUGAAAAGUAUGACUUCAAAGUGGUGGAUCUUCGGAAAGUGGCCACUGAAAUGACAAUCAAAAAUUUUCUCAAAGGACGCCACUGUGAGCAAAACGUGGACUGCACCUUUGGAACGGACUGUACAGCAGCUUGUGAUAAACUUAUGAAACAAUGUAAAAGUGAUAUAAUCCAACCAAACUUGGCUAAAGCUUGUAAACUCCUUCAAGACUAUCUGCUUUACGGCUCCCCCUCGGACCUUAAAGAUGAGCUACAGAAGCAGCUUCGGACUUGCAUGACACUUAGCGGCCUGGCUAGUCAAAUGGAGGUUCACCAUUCUCUUGUAUUAAAUAACCUGAAGACUUUGUUAUGGAAAAAGAUAUCAAAUACCAAAUAUUCCUAAAAGGGAUAAGAAGACACAUGGACAGUUUUUUGGUGGACUAAAAGUUAACUAUGACCUUGUGUAAUUGGCUUAAGAGAGACUAUGGCCGUACCUCAGUUCACCCUCAUAAAUUCAUUGCAGGGUCAACAGGAAGAAGUCUUGAUUUAUAAAUAAUUGCAUUGCUUUUAUGGAGAUUGAAAAUUAAAAAAAAACACUACAACGAGCCUGCGUAUGUUGUAACGUGUCACUGUUUAUUCCAGUGGGCUCUUCAGAUGUAAAUAAAUCGAUUUUAUGUGA